AUGGAAGAAAUAGAUGUAUUUGAUAAACUACCCUGGGCAGACGUUAGUAAAGUCCCAGAUUACUUCUAUGUAAAUAAUCUCACAGCAAUAAAAUGUAGAGUGCAUCCCCUCGUCAUAUUUACAAUUUUGGAUGCAUAUUUGAGGAGGGAAGAGGGACAUCAACAAGUUAUAGGGACAUUACUAGGUGUUGUAUAUGAUAGUGGCUGUGUCGAAGUUACCGAUUGUUUUGUAGACCGGUAUACUUUAACUUCGGAAGGUUUUCUUCAGAUUGUCAAAGAACAUCAUGAGGGAGUUUUUGAGCUGGCCCAAAAAAUUAACCCCAAGGAACAAGUUGUCGGUUGGUUUUGCACUGGAUCCAAAUUAACAGAACUAACCUGCGCCGUCCAUGGAUGGUUUAAACAGUUUAGUUCUGUGUCUAAAUUCUUUCCCCAUUCGUCAUUACCUGAACCCAUUCAUUUAUUGGUGGAUGCCGUAAUGGACACCGGACAUAUUGCCAUAAAAGUAUAUGUACAGCUGCCCGUGGCAAUUGUUAAAGAUGUGUGUUUUCAUUUCCAUGAAAUCGCAUUAGAGAUACAAAAAUCGUCUCCAAACAGUUCAGCCAUUGCCGAGAUGUUGAGGGCACUGGAUCACAAUAGGGAUAUCACUAAGAAACCAUUUUACGAUGCACUGGACAAAAUGGAAUUACUAAUUGAUAAAUGCUGUGAUUAUGUUAAGGACGUUUUAGAGGAGAAGGUGGAACCGAACGAAGAAGUUGGAAGAUAUUUAACGAAUGUAACUUCGUAUGCAUUGGUUGAUAUGGAGGAUAUGGACAACGUUUGUGAGGGGGUUUUGCAGGAUAAUUUGAUAAUUUCGUCACUAAGCAAUUUGGCAAAUCUGCAAUUUAAAUUGGCAGAGCGUCUAAAUACUACCUUUUAA